AUGAAUAUAUCAUGAUUAUAUUUGUGAUAUGCAAAAAAUGAAUACAUUCUGUUUAGCAUUUGUAAUUUAUUAGUGCUGUCAUUUAUUAUUUAAGUAAUAAAGUAUAUUUCAAAAAAAUUUCUUGAUAAUAAAAUUAUAAUCAAACAAUAUGCCUGUUGAUGUAGUUGGAUAUAUAUAUGCCGCUACAGUAGCGGCUGGUGGUAUAAUGGGUUAUGUAAAAGCGCAAUCAAUUCCUUCUUUGAGUGCGGGACUUAUCUUUGGAUCUGUUUUGGGCUAUGGAGCUUAUCAAACUUCUCAAGAUCCUACAAAUAUUGGACUUUCUAUAGCAGCAACUUCUGUUCUUGGUGGAAUUAUGGGUUAUCGUUAUUAUAAUAGUGGUAAAUUAAUGCCAGCUGGUUUAAUUGCUAUAUUUAGUUGUAUAGCAUUAAUAAAAACAAUUGUCAGAUCUUUUUCUGCAGCCCAUGAAAGUCCAUUAAACAAAGAAAGUUAAUAGAAGAAAUAAUAAUCUGUAAAAGAAGAGGAUAGAAAAUAUAUUAUGGAUUCUAAUGAUUAAAACAAUUAGUUAAUGUUAUAAACCUAUAUUUCUAUAUUAUUAUAAUCUAUAUUAUUAUAAUUAGAUUUUUAAUUCCAAUGUUUUUCCAUAAAUGGAAAUUGUCUUUUUACAGAAAUAUGAUUUAUAUUUAUGUUACAAAAACAUAUAAUGUUUGAAUAUAUAUUUCAAUAAAGUUAUUCCAAAUGUUA